CUAAGGUUCUACCUGGUUAACCGAAGGACGAAAACUAGAUUUUCUGAUUUUAAGAGGGAGAUUUCUUUUCUUCUUACUCAGUUCCAAAAGCCUAUGUGGAAAAUGUUUCCUGAGAUGUCUUGGCUUGUAAUUACAAUUUUUGCUCUAAUUUGGAGAACAGAGCAGUUGGGGGUGAUUGCAUGCAAUAUAUCUGAUGACAAUGUUGAGAAAAAUCAAAAAAUAUUCAACGACCUUAUCUCAAAAGAAUUUAAAUUCAUUUACGUGAAUGUCAGCUCCUCAUCAUUUGAAAACCUCACUCUGAAUCAAAAGGAAUGGAGUAAGGUUGUUGAAUGGAUAUGGGUUACCAAAGAAUAUAAACACUUCCUAACUUACCCUGUUGAUGUUGAUUUCUUUACACUUGGAGUUUUGAAGAAACAUGUUAAUUAUUUGCAAGUAAAUGUCAACAUUUCGAAUGUAUCAGACUGUGUGGGAAAAACAUUAUGGAAGCAGAUUUACAAAUAUUUGUUUAAAGAAUAUCAUAACACAUCCGGAGUGUAUUUCUGUCAUAGGAAUUUCGAAAAUCAAAAUUAUAUAUCGGGUCUGACUUACAUAUCUUAUGUAUCUAUUGGCUACGGAUUUCACUGCUUCCAGAAAAAUGAAACCUCAUCUCUUGUUGUUGUGGAAAAAUCUUACAUCAACUACAUUACAAUUGCAAUAAUACUGGUUGUGUUUUUCUAUUACCCAUUGUUUUUGUCGCAUUUUUUGCACGAGGGAAAUAAAGGGAAUCAAGUGUUAGAGUACACCAUUGCCGAUUAUCCCUACACAAUCCGCCGUUUCUUGAUUCAUGUAAUUUUUGACAAUAGUGACCUUGGUUAUCCAGAAAUCAACGCAAGUGGUGUCCGUCUUUCUUUAUUAAUCGGUAUAGCUACAGGAACAGUCUUCGUAGUUAGAUAUACUAUUGGAGGAAACAUCCUUCCUCCUAACGCUCAGUUAUACAGAGAGGUUCAUGCUCCUGCUACUAUCAUUUUUGGAGGACAUUUUGCUUUAGUGGUUUUAUGUGGAUUAAUAGGUUUAUGUUUUCUUGUUUUAUUCAAUAGUUAUCUUCUGUUCAUCUCAGAAGAAUCUGAAGAUCAUUUCCUUUUAUUAGAUUUUUCAUCCAAGGUAUCGCGAUUUAUUCCUGUGUCAAGUUUCUUUAAAGACAUAAGGGAAUCUGGACCAAUUUUAAUGCAAACUGUCAGAAGAUUUUUCCUAAUUCUGAAUCCACUGUUCUGGUGCCAGAUUUAUCUCAUACCAUUGUUUCAUUAUGACUAUUCUAAUUGUUCAAUUUGUCCUAAAUGCAUGAAGUAUUUUUUUAAAUUGCUAAUAUCGUUUUUCAAUUUCAUACUUAAUUUUGUUUUGGUGAUUAUUUUUUCAGUAUUUCCAUUGAUAAGUAUAGUACACCGAGGGAUUUACAAAAGCUUUGAAAAUUAUAAACCUCUUCAAACAGCACGUGGUCAAAUGCUGGCCUUAUUUCUUGCCUUAGCAUUUUCCCCCCUCUUUUUGUACCUUGGAAGUCCAAUCUAUGCAGGCACGAGUUAUUUGGUACAAUCAGUCAUUUAUUUUUUUCUUGUUGCAAUACCACACUUGUACCUGUCACAUUUUGAUAUUUUCCUUAUUAUUAUGGCAAGCAUAACGUAUUCAGGAAAGUUUGUUCUUGAUUUCUUACAAUUUUAUCGAUUGCUGCUGCAAAAGAUUAUGCAGUCAAGAGGUAUAAAUAAUAUAAAGACCGAUGAGUUUGAUUCAGCUGUGGAGAAUUGUUGUCCUAUUACAACAACACUUUUUCUUCUCUUAGCAAAAAUACUCCUGACGCUUUCUCUACUGGUUGUUAUGUAUUUAACAUUGAAAGAUCUUCAUUAUCUUAAUAGCCAAAAAACGUUAAAUAUAAAUGUGUUUCUAAGCCUUGUUUUCAUGCUUACUCCAGGUCUUUUUGAAGUCCUGUUCUUUGAAAGCAAUACUGACAAAGUGGAAAGAAUACAUUUAGAUUUAGAAGAAUGUUUAGGUCUCGAAAGAAAAGACCAAAGCAUUACAGUAAAUAUCACCUUCAAUGAUCAAAAUUCAAAUCAAAAAGCAGCAAAUGAUAAAAAUUCAGAUCAAGGCGAAUAUUCUCUAGAAUCAAACCCAACAGGAGAAACAGGAAAAAAUGAAGAUGCAAGUUCGUUGUGCAUACAAGCAUGUCUUUGUUGCUGUGGCUGCAUAAGUAGUCCUGUGAAUGAAUUCGAUCAAUGGGUAUGUUGUUUUACUUUGAAAGAGUAUGAAAAUAAAGCAGAUAAUGAAAAUAAAGCAGAUAAUGAAAAUAAAGCAUGUUAUGAAAAUAAAGCAUGUUAUAAAAAUAAAGCAUAUUAUAAAAAAGAAGCAGGUUACACGUAUAAGCGUGUAUACUUUUUUGACCCUGAUUCGGAUAAUCAAUAUCAGAAAGUAAAUACCUCAACUAAUUAAGUAAUCCCUUUGGUUUGAUGUAGAUAAGAAUACUUUAUCGUUGUAUUUCAUAAAUUUUGCAAUUGUAUUUUGAAACAUUACUGUAGCUUAACCCCAUUGAAAAUUUGUUUACGAGGAUGGCAUUUGUUAUAAGUAACAACACGUGGUCAGUCAAAGUAUUGUUACAUUCUCUGUUCAUAUGCAAAGAAGCAUUCUUUUCAUUAAAAUAAAGCAUCCAAUCCAAAAGAAAUACUCCAAUCAAAUUGCAAAGAAAUAUUGUGAUAAAUUUUCGCAAACUCAAUUUUACAAAGACACGCAUUUUUUUUUGAAUGAUAGAAAGUGAGCUCUGAGCAGGCCGUAGAAGUGAGAAGGUCUGUCCUUCCUGAGUAAAACAUUGUAUGACCUAUGUUGUCGCAUUACAAAUGUCUUACACGUGAACAACAUCUGAAUUUUUGGAGUGUGUUUGUAAAAUUUUCCUGUGUGAACUUUUGAGUACUUUGACAGCGUGAGUUUGAACUGUUUAAUCUACAUGUAAGUUUCUUAGUCGUUUUUUUUUAGUUAUUAUUUGAUUACUUUGUCAAUUCUUUUGUACUAGAUAAUACACCCGACACAUUCCGGUAUUUUUUAUAAUUGAGUUUGUUACCGAGUAUGGUAACCCAGAACAUUC